CCUUAUCUUCACGUUUGGUCCUGAGAAGAGAAGAGAGAUGGAAGGGAUAAGCCAUAUUGCACUCCCUGUUCUGGGAAUUGUGGCAGUCUCCGUCGUAACCUUCUAUGCCGUUAGCUUUGCCGAGAUCAGAGAGAAAUCGUUUAAAGAUGUGUAUGACUCAGAGAACAAAGACGGAGCAGGGUUCAAGAAUUCUUUAAGUUCGAGGGAGCGAAGAUCAAGAAGAGAAGCAAAUAAAAAACGUCCUAAAUCUUGAUUGCAAAUGUCUAGAGAGCAGAGACCAAAAUAUAUCGUAGUCAAUAUGAUACUUUUGUUAUUUUGUUUUUCUGGGUUUCCAAUCAAUAUACAUGAUCAAAUCUGGAACAUCUAUGCCUUGUCCUAAUGUCACUGAUGUAGCUGCGUAUGGUCAUGUGGCUAACUGUUUCUGCAUCUUUGGUUUGCUCAGAUAUUGGUUCUUCUUGUGAGAAGUCCCAUUCUUGUCUA